AUGAAUGAAGCUCAACUGACAAUAGCCAAGAGUUACGAUGGCCUUAUUGAUGAUUAUGUUACAGAUAUGGAUGCUUUGGAACAGGCUCGAGAGGAUCUAGGUAAUAUGAAUUGUCAAUACAGGUCAAGUAAACUACAUCGAACAUUAGUAGAUUUGCAGGAUACUGUAAACAAUUCUAUUAACACAGAUGUGCAUGUUGGUACAGUCUGCAUACCGGCUGCUGAUGCCGUUAUAACAGUGGCGGGAAUGUCCAUUGCGUUGCCUAUACCUGCUGAGAAGGUAACUUCACUCUACACUGCACUAAAUCCAUCUUUAGUCGGUGUAGAGAUGCGAGGUGAUGUCUUUGAUACCAAUCUACGUAUGUCGCACGAAGCACCUGCAGACUCUAUGCAAGUGAGUCAUUCUAUUUCAACCUUUGAUUUUCCUUUUGAAUUGGAGGAGAUUCACCAAAAGAUAUGUCCCUCUGCUGUAUCUAUCCGUGCUGAAUUGUAUAAAUUGGUUAUGUACGGAGUGGGUGAUUUCUUCGUACCCCAUCGUGAUUCCAUGUCAUCUGCUGAUAUGUUUGGUUCCAUAUCUAUGCAGCUUCCUAUUUUGUCUGAAUCUGGUACUAGUCAGGAACGUACAGUUUCAAAUAGUGUAAAAGAUCCUGGACAACUUGUUUUUUAUAUUGGUCGAGAAACACCAGAAUGCAAUUGUGAAAGUCUUUCUACAUCCUCCAUGUAUAGUGAUUGCUACAAUGCAGAUGUCCAGUGGGCACAUACAGUUGAUCUUGGUUCCCUUGAGAGAAUUACAACAACAGAUGGUAAUAUUGCUAUGUCUUUUGCGGCGUGGACGGGUGAUGUUUUACAUGAAGUCCGACGUGUUGAAAGUGGAUACCGUGCCGUUUUGGUUUAUCGACUAUACAAACAAGGACAUAAAGAAUCUUAUAUUCCUCUUCCUCUACGUCUUUCUGUAGAAGAAAAGAUUAUGUCUGUGUUCAACACUAUGAAUAGUGAAGCCCAUCAUCAUUUUCGUUAUCUUGGUGUAAUACUUCGACAUGCUUAUGCCCCGGCGGGUCUUCAACCGGAAUAUCUUAAAGGAAUUGAUGCUGUAAUGUACAGUAUUGCUUCAAAAACGAAUAAAUGUCUUUUAUUUAAUGCUCAUCAAGUGGAUGAGGGACCACUUGCAACUCGUUAUAAUCUACGUAAAGAUGCCGUUACAUAUUUGAUGUUUCUCACUACAGAAGUUGUACCGGCAGAUGUGGAUUUCUCCAGUGAUGAUGCCCGAGAAAGUAUGGCUAAACAUUAUAAAGUGUUUACCAAUACCGCAUGGAUUCAAUUGGGGUUUGGCACUUUAGUGGGCGGAGGCUUCUGCUUUGGUAAUGUCACUACAAGUACAGAUUGGUGGUAUCGUUCUGCCGUUAUGAUUAUUACGCAAGAGCCGAGUCUAUGGAUGCGUAGACGUCCUUUGUUUCUUAUAAUGACCAAAGGAUCAAGAACCAUGCGUCAAUUAAAUUCACUCUUGGAAGUGAUGAAAACGAUCGCUUCCUUUCUCUAA